GCUGGCUGGGGACUGGCAGCAACCGGAGCUGCACUGCCGCCUCUGGCGCGAACGCUCAGGCGCCUCCUCCCGCCCCAGUCACUGUGGCUCGGAGCACGCUGCCGGCGGCUGCCCUUUCCGCCUCUGGGGGAGCAAAGCCGCGGGCCCGCCGUGCGCCUGAACCAUGGCCUCGGGCCGGAGGGGCUGGGACAGCUCCCACGAGGACGAUCUGCCCGUGUACCUGGCCAGGCCGGGCACCACGGACCAGGUCCCGCGGCAGAAGUACGGCGGCAUGUUCUGCAACGUGGAGGGCGCCUUCGAGAGCAAGACGCUGGAUUUCGAUGCCCUGAGCGUGGGGCAGCGGGGCGCGAAGACUCCCCGGAGCAGCCAGGGCAGCGGCCGCGGCUCCGGAAGCCGGCCGGGAGUGGAGGGGGACACCCCGCGCCGGGGCCAAGGCCGGGAGGAGGGCAGGGAGCCCGCGCCCGCGUCGCCCGCGUCGCCCGCGCCCGCCGGGGUGGAGAUCCGGAGCGCCACCGGCAAGGAGGUUUUGCAGAACCUCGGCCCCAAGGACAAGAGUGACCGUCUUCUUAUCAAGGGUGGCAGAAUUGUCAACGAUGAUCAGUCCUUUUAUGCUGACAUUUACAUGGAAGAUGGAUUAAUAAAGCAAAUUGGAGACAAUCUGAUUGUCCCUGGAGGAGUGAAGACCAUCGAGGCCAAUGGGAAGAUGGUGAUCCCGGGAGGCAUUGAUGUCCACACUCACUUCCAGAUGCCAUACAAAGGAAUGACCACAGUGGAUGACUUCUUCCAAGGGACGAAGGCUGCCUUAGCGGGGGGCACCACCAUGAUCAUUGACCACGUGGUGCCUGAGCCCGAGGCCAGCCUAACCGAGGCCUACGAGAAGUGGCGAGAGUGGGCAGAUGGGAAGAGCUGCUGUGACUAUGCCUUGCACGUGGACAUCACCCACUGGAAUGACAGCGUCAAGCAGGAGGUGCAGAACCUCAUCAAGGACAAAGGGGUUAACUCCUUCAUGGUUUACAUGGCCUAUAAGGAUUUGUAUCAAGUGUCCAACACAGAGCUGUACGAGAUCUUCACCUGCCUGGGAGAGCUGGGAGCCAUUGCGCAAGUUCAUGCUGAGAACGGGGAUAUCAUCGCCCAGGAGCAAACCCGGAUGUUGGAAAUGGGGAUAACUGGUCCGGAAGGCCAUGUGCUGAGCAGACCAGAGGAGCUGGAAGCUGAGGCUGUGUUCCGUGCCAUCACCAUCGCCAGCCAAACCAACUGUCCACUCUACGUCACAAAGGUCAUGAGCAAGAGUGCGGCUGACAUCAUCUCCCAAGCCAGGAAAAAAGGGAACGUGGUCUUUGGUGAGCCCAUCACUGCCAGUCUUGGCACAGAUGGAACCCAUUACUGGAGCAAGAACUGGGCUAAGGCAGCUGCAUUUGUGACAUCCCCGCCUCUGAGCCCUGACCCGACCACUCCCGACUACAUCAACUCCUUGCUGGCCAGUGGAGACCUGCAGCUCUCUGGGAGUGCCCACUGCACCUUCAGCACUGCCCAGAAAGCCAUUGGGAAGGACAACUUCACAGCCAUCCCCGAGGGCACCAAUGGUGUGGAAGAGCGGAUGUCUGUCAUCUGGGACAAGGCUGUGGCCACAGGGAAAAUGGACGAAAACCAGUUUGUGGCUGUGACAAGCACAAAUGCCGCCAAGAUCUUCAACCUGUAUCCCCGCAAGGGAAGAAUAUCUGUGGGUUCUGACAGCGACCUGGUGAUCUGGGAUCCAGAUGCAGUGAAGAUCGUCUCUGCCAAGAACCACCAGUCGGCUGCAGAGUAUAACAUCUUUGAAGGGCUGGAGCUGCGUGGGGCUCCUCUGGUGGUCAUCUGCCAGGGCAAGAUCAUGCUGGAAGACGGCAACCUGCACGUGACCCAAGGGGCCGGCCGCUUCAUCCCCUGCAGCCCUUUCUCGGACUACGUCUACAAGCGUAUUAAAGCUCGGAGGAAGAUGGCAGACCUGCACGCCGUCCCGAGGGGCAUGUACGACGGGCCAGUGUUUGACCUGACCACCACUCCCAAAGGGGGCACCCCCGCGGGCUCCACCCGGGGCUCUCCCACACGGCCCAACCCGCCCGUGAGGAACCUCCACCAGUCGGGAUUCAGCCUGUCGGGCACCCAAGUGGAUGAGGGGGUCCGCUCCGCCAGCAAGCGCAUUGUGGCGCCCCCUGGAGGCCGUUCUAACAUCACGUCCCUGAGUUAAGCGACCCCUCCCCACAGAGAGGGGCAGAAGCAAGAAGAGAUUUUCUUGAAGCCAAAAUGGUACACCGAUAUUUAAGAAGGAAAGCGAAUCCAAACAGUUGUGAUCUAAAGAAUCAAUAAGCCUCAAGCCUUAUGUUUCUCCAAUGCUACACUCGCUUGCCUAGCUUUACGAAUAUUGCUUUUGUUUUCUGUUUAUGCAUAGCCUUGAUUUGUUGGACCCUGCCUCCCCCCAUUUACAUGCAUGCAAUCAGGCUACUAAGGUAAAAGAGUCUGCUAUAUAGUGUUGA